GUCGUGCUCUGCUAGUCAAGCAAGAUGUGGUCGACUCUUCUGGCACUUGCUCUCGCGGCUCCCCAGCUCGCCCAGGGUCUCCUGCGCUUCCCAUGCGCGCAGACGACGGUGGUUCGUUCGGACCCACUGGUCAACCCUGACUCGGUCGGUCAGCAUCUGCACCAGGUCGUUGGUGGGAACAGCUUCGACUUCAACAUGCCCGACGGUUAUGACCUUCAAGGAAAAUCGACUUGCAGCUCCUGCUCGAUCUUGGAGAACAAGUCGAACUACUGGACGCCGACGCUCUACUUCCAGUCCCCGAGCAACGGCACUUUCACUCGUGUCAAGCAGAGGCCCGGUCCUAUCACCGGCAGCCCCAACGGGGGCAUGGUUGUCUACUACAUCCAGGUCGGCAACGUCACCGCGUUCCCCAAGGGCUUCCGCAUGGUCGCCGGUGACCCGAUGCUCCGCAAGUACGAUCAGUCCAUCGACGACUCGCGCUCCAUCACCUUCCGCUGCCUCGAAUCCGAGGACUCCUCCGGUACCGGCCAGGACACGAACGGCCUGCCCACGAAGCCCUGCAACGGUGGCGUUCGUAGCCAGAUCAACUUCCCCACCUGCUGGGACGGCAAGAACGUCGACUCGCCGAACCACAGGGACCAUGUCUCCUACGCCAUCAACGCCAGCUUCGGUAACUUCGGUACUGGCUGCCCGUCCACUCACCCCGUGACGAUUCCCCUGCUCUUCCUCGAGACGUACUGGGACACGACGCCGUUCAACAACGAGCCCGGCGCGUUCGACAACGGCAAGCAGCCCUUCAUCUGGAGUAUGGGAGACCCCACUGGCUACGGAUACCACGCCGACUACAUGAUGGGCUGGCCCGAAGACGUUCUUGCUCAGGCCAUGUCUCAGUGCACGGAUGCUAGCGGGCAGGUCUCGUCUUGCGGUGUCCUCCACACUCGCUCCGAGGAAGAGAUGAACGACUGUGCCGUUCCUCCGCGUGUCGAAGAGGUGUUCGAUGGCUGGCUUGAGGAGCUCCCCGGCUGCAACCCCGUUGUCGAAGGUCCCGGCCCCGCCACGCCCGUUUCCGGCUGCGGUGCUCCCACCACGACGCAGUCGGUCGACGAGGUCAGCUGGUUCAAGAAGGACAUCGACGGCUGGGAGCCCGUUGGCUGCGCCGCCGAAGCCCAAGGCCAGACCCUCCUCACCGGCGGCUCCUCCACCGACGCCAUGAUGACCAUCGAGAAGUGCCUGUCCAGCUGCGCGAGCAAGGGCCUCCAGUUCGCGGGCCUCAAGGCCGGCACCACCUGCUCCUGCGGCAGCUCCCUCGAUACGAGCAAGGUCUCCAGCAGCUACGCGUGCAACGUUCCGUGCCCGGGUGACGGUGGCGAGUUCUGUGGUGCCGCGAGCCGUGUUGCGGUGUACAACAGCGGCACUGCCGUGUCCAUCCCGCCUUCGCAGCCCACCAACCCGGGUGGAGGUGCGACGACCACCGGCGGUCCCGCUGCCCCCACCACUGGUGCCGGGACCGUCGCGCAGUACGGCCAGUGCGGUGGUCAGGGUUGGACUGGCGCCACCGCCUGCGUCGCGGGCUACACUUGCACGCGCAUCAACGACUAUUACUAUCAAUGCCUUUAAGGUCUUGAGGAAUCGGACGAGCUUGAUGAUUGAGAUGCCUGAGAUGUAUGUGUAGAGUAGUGUACGUUCCUUCUUCCGGCUUUCGUUCAGCGGUUGAUAUCAGCUUACUCAUUGUAAAUAUGUGGUUGUACGAAUUCUAUGGCGGUUCUUCCUC